ACGGUGAUUUAAAUCCGGACGGAGAGGGAAGGUGUCCGUGUGCGAGACAGGAGCGUCUCUGUGAAGAGCGAGUGUGCGCUUUGUUGGCUGCCACACGGUGGAGCAAAGACUAUCCACACAUAUUAUCAAUAUUUACAUUUUUUUUUUCGAGCAUCCCCCUCCCCCCCGAAUUGAGACACAAAGUUUUGACAUCCCGAGCAAACUUUUACGACCCCACAUUUCUGUGUGGUUACACUUUUCCACUUUAUAUUUAUCUCACAGCAACAAGUGUUUGCUGGCUAUGAGCGAGAGAUUGUUUAGGUAUUAGUUUUCUACAUACAGAAAAAAAAGCCAAUGACACAUUAGCGGCUGUUAAUUGCGCUCUGGUCACCCAGUGUUCCACCUCCGUGACACCGGACUGCGAUGAUCGUGUCCAACGUGAGCCUGAGCGGCUGCGCAGGGGUCAACAGCGCUCUGUGCGCCGGAGCCGCGGAAGGGCAGCUAGGAGGAGGCUCAUACCGGACCACCCUCACCCCGACGGGGAACCUGAUCGUGGCUGUGUGCCUGGGCUUCAUCGGCACUUUCGGACUUAUGAACAAUCUGCUAGUGCUCGUGUUGUUCUGUCGCUACAAGAUGCUGCGGUCGCCCAUCAACCUGCUCCUGAUUAACAUUUCCAUCAGCGACCUGCUGGUGUGCGUACUGGGGACUCCGUUCAGCUUCGCGGCCAGCACGCAGGGAAGAUGGCUCAUAGGAAAAGAGGGGUGCGUGUGGUACGGCUUCGCGAACUCCCUGUUUGGCAUCGUGUCCCUCAUCUCUCUGGCUGUCCUGUCCUAUGAACGCUACAGCACCAUGAUGGCCCCCACCGAGGCAGACUCCUCCAAUUACUGUAAGAUCUCCCUGGGUAUCACCCUGUCUUGGGUCUACUCCCUCAUCUGGACUGUCCCACCACUCUUUGGCUGGAGCAGCUAUGGCCCUGAGGGUCCCGGGACCACAUGCUCUGUCGACUGGACAGCCAAGACGGCAAAUAACAUAUCUUACAUCAUCUGCCUGUUUACCUUCUGCCUCAUCGUGCCGUUCGUGGUGAUCGUGUUCUGCUAUGGGAAGCUGCUGUGUGCCAUAAAACAGGUCAGCGGGAUCAAUGCAUCGAUGAGCAGGAAACGUGAGCAGCGUGUCCUGUUCAUGGUGGUGAUUAUGGUGAUCUGCUACUUGUUGUGCUGGCUGCCGUACGGCAUCAUGGCCCUCCUGGCCACGUUUGGGCCCCAGGGCCUGGUCACGCCCGAAGCGAGCAUCAUCCCUUCUGUCCUGGCCAAGACGAGCACAGUCAUCAACCCCAUCAUCUAUGUCUUCAUGAAUAAACAGGUGAGAGGGGAGAAAGGCUCAUAG